AUGCUUACCUCUGUAACAGUUAAUUCGCUCCCACAACUCGUAGCCCCAAAGUCCAAAUAUUCAAAAAUCUCGCCCGAUUCGGAUAAUGUCUUGAGGAUUUUUCUCAUCCAAACAGCCCUAGGCCUUUUUAAUACAUCUGGUGGGUAUAAGGCAAACUACUACUUUCUGUCUUCCUUAGCGAAAAGAGGGCACAUCUGUCGGUCGAUCGUUCUUUGUUGGGAGAACGACCUGCUUGCUGCGGGAGUCGACUAUACGGAAGAACGUGUUUGUUUUGGUGAUGAAAGUAACGAGGUCUGCGUCUAUCGAUUCGUCUGGGGAAACGUUGAGAUUAUCGGUCUCGAACUGGAAAGGUAUCUUAAGAUUUUCCCGCGAAGUUCGCUCUCCAAGCCUCUAAAAAAUGUCGAAGACCGAUUGGAACGUUGGCUAGAGGAUAAAGAAACUGCCGCUGAAUAUGAUGCAUAUCGCCGUUUUAUAAUGAAGGAACUCACAUCUUUCCGUACGACGCACUUCAUAUUCAACGAUUCGGUUUCCCUUAAGAUCGCGUCGGCCUUGCCCCCCACCAUAACUCGAGUGUUUAUAUGUCACGCCUGUGAACAUCUAUCAUUUGGCCCGUAUGGUGGCGUACCAGGAUUUGGUAGCACUUCUUCCCAAACCGAGCUUCAAUGGUUGAAGGAGAUUGAAGGCGUAUGGGCAGUUAGUAACGCGAUCAAGGAUUAUAUCAAAGCAUACGGUAAAGAACUCCGUGCAACUCACCUUCCACUGCAUCCGGCAAUUUUCGGCGAACCACCAUUCAAGAGGUAUCACAACUUUGACUCUCCCUACGUCUUGGCCAUUAACCCGGGAAGUGUUAAAGGAUACGUCAUCUUCAAAGAGUUGGCCGAAAAAAUGAGUGAUGUUAGCUUUGCAGCUGUUAAGAGCUGGAGCUUAAGCGAAUAUCAAUUGGAUGAAUUGGGCAAAGUACCGAAUAUCAAAAUAAUGCCAAUGUUUAAAAACAUGGACGAAUUAUGGCCUCUAGCCAAGGUUCUCCUUGUACCAUCUAUUUGGUACGAAGCUUUCGGACUCGUAGUCGUAGAAGCCAUGCUGAGGGGUAUUCCUGUAAUAUGCUCGGACGUUGGUGGUUUGACCGAAGCCAAGUGUGGUGUCAAAUUCGGAACGAUCCACGUGAACGUGAUCUCCGGAGAACGUGAAACCGAUCAAGAUGUUAUAGAAAAGAUGGGCAUUUACAAAGUUCCGCCUCAAAACAUCGAACCAUGGGUUCAAACUCUGAGGAGUCUGUUGAAUGAUCGUGACACCUAUGAACAGAUUAGUCAAGAAUGCCGGGACAAAUCCAUUAAAUACAUUCAAAGCAUUGAUAGUAAAGUGUAUGAAAAAUGGUUGAGUGAUUUGAGGCGGUAUUCAGUUCAAAUCGGAUCACAAAGCAUAGUUGUGCCAGGGUUCCUAUCGUGA